AUGAAGUUUAUCAAGUGUUCAAAAGAACCAUCAUUGUAUCGAAAGCAGGAGAAAAAGCAUCUCCUACUCGUUGCUGUCUACGUAGAUGAUCUCUUGGUCACAGGAUCAAGUAUUGACAUGAUAGAGGAGUUCAAAGCGGGAAUGUCAGCAUGUUUUGAGAUGAGUGAUCUCGGGCUGUUAACCUAUUACCUAGGUAUUGAGGUCAUUCAAUACGAUGGAGGGAUUAAGAUUGUGCAAGAAAGAUAUGCAAAGAAGAUAUUGGAGGAGUCAGGUAUGAGUGAGUGCAACGCUGUACAAGCUCCAAUGGACUCGGGACUGAAGCUCUCUAUGGCCAAAGACGAGAGAUCAGUAGACGAGAAGGAGUACAGAAGGCAAAUAGGGUGCUUACGAUAUCUGAUUCAUACACGGCCAGACUUGUCUUAUGCUGUGGGUGUAUUGAACAGAUACAUGCAUGAACCAAAAGUAUCUCACGCAGGAGCCCUCAAGCAGGUACUUCGGUAUCUAAAGGGAUCAAUUUCUUAUGGUCUUUCGUACAAGAAAGUGGGUAGGAGAGAACUAGAAGGUUUUGUGGACAGUGGACACAAUAUCGACGAGGAUGAUGGAAGAAGUACCACAUGUCACAUUUUCUAUCUCGAUGACUGUCCAAUUUCGUGGUACUCAACGAAACAAGAGACCGUAGCUCUCUCAUCCUGCGAGGCUGAAUUCAUGGCCGCCACCGAAGCUGCCAAACAGGUGAUUUGGUUGCAGGAGUUACUAGAAGAGGUCAGCAAGGAGACGUGCAAGAGAACCACCAUCUACAUUGACAACAAAUCAGCGAUAGUAUUGACAAAGAAUCCUGUUUUCCACGGACGAAGCAAACACAUACACAAGCGCUAUCACUUCAUAAGGGAAUGCGUCGAGAACGAGCAGAUAGAGGUCCUUCACGUGCCUGGCAACAAGCAGAAAGCGGACAUACUAACCAAGGCACUUGGAAAGAUUAAGUUCAAAGAAAUGCGAGACCUUAUCGGACUUGAAGAAGUGAAGAAAGUAGACUUCAAGUUUAAGGGGGUGAUUGUUGGAGAUAAACUUGAAGUUUGA